CAGACAAGUUGGUUUGGCAGGUGACAGGACAGAGUUGGAUCUGUCAGUGGUCAGGGUUGAAAAAUAAUAGUAUUUUGGAAAAUAAACACCUUAGUUAUUAGGUUUCUCAUGUUAUUUUAAAAAAGUAGAUUCGUUUAAUUCUAUAAACAAAUAUGAUAAAGUUAUUUUCUCUAAAACAACAGAAAAAAGAUGGAGAACCUUCACCUAGACAAGGGAAUCAAAAGAAAGCUUCAGCUGCACAAUUAAGGAUAACAAAAGAUAUUAACGAGCUAAAUCUUCCCAAGACGUGCACAACAGAAUUUCCUGAUCCAGAUGACCUAUUAACUUUUAAAUUAGUGAUCUGUCCUGAUGAGGGGUUCUACAGAACUGGCCGAUUUGUAUUUAGCUUCAAGGUAGGUCCAAAUUACCCACAUGAGCCCCCAAAAGUCAAAUGCGAAACCCAAGUAUAUCAUCCAAAUAUUGAUCAGCAAGGUAAUGUUUGUCUCAACAUCUUACGAGAAGACUGGAAGCCCGUUUUAACAAUAAAUAGCAUUGUGUAUGGUCUCCAAUACCUCUUCCUAGAACCAAACCCUGAAGAUCCACUGAACAAAGAAGCUGCUGAAGUCCUCACUAAUAAUCGUAGAUUAUUUGAACAGAACGUCCAGAAGGCCAUCAGGGGAGGAUAUGUAGGUGGAGUUUAUUUUGAUCGUUGUUUGAAGUGACUUACACAUUUUUUGUGUAUAAUUUUCUUUUACUAAGAUUAACAUUGGUUGGUCCUAGGAGAUCCCAAAAAAAUUUUUGGAACUUAUAAUAUUUGGAUAUAAAUUUGAAUCUAUUUAAAAAAAUUAAAUGUAAAAACAAAUUUAUAAUCAAAUUUUCUGAAAAAAUUACCUAUACAUUAAGUUUUAACUGUGUUUUAUAUCAAAUCUCUCUUGGGACAAACCAUACAUGCUUUGUGCAUGGACUUUUCAGUGUUUUUAAUCAAUUAUAAUAUUAAUCAAAAAAUUUGUUAAUAUUUAUUAAAAAGCUUUUUAAAAGACUGGGAAGAUUACUAUAUUAACUAUAAACAAUCUUCUUCUCAAGGUGCCAUGUAUUUCUGUGUAUUUGCCCAUUGUUUUCUUUCUGGAAACUGAAAUUUUGGGCAGUGAGAACUAGAUUAUAAUACAGUAGAACCCCAUUUAUCGGUGUGCAGAUUAUCAAUGCUGCAGAUUCUCAGUGCUAUAAUUUUCCAUUAUUCAAAUUGCAGUUUUGAUGUUUUAUGGAAAUAUCGUCACCAUAAAUCAAUCGAUGAAAACUCUAUAUGCUGUGAUGACUCACUAUACAGUAUGUAAAUCGUACAGCUGGACAUAGGGAAUAUACAUUGAGAUAAUUUUGGAAACUGUGCUAACUUAUGUUAGUUGAAGCUUCUGUUCGAGCACAGUAUAAAGAAGGACAGUAGAACCACUCUCCGAAAAAUUGGAAGUAAAAUCUGUAGUCGCGCAUGGCAACCACGCAAUGUUCUUAGUCGCUUUUGCCCCACUCUCGCAUUGCUAGUCCCAUAGAAACGUACGGAUUUUAACAGGGAAAACCCGCAUCCACCACUGGUGAAUUACCAAUUGCGUACUGCCGGUAUUACUUCUUGAGGUCAAAGCGCCGACAGAGGAGUGGUUUUACUGUGGAACCUCUAUAUACUGUGGUUCGAGUAUGAGUUUUGGUGCAAUAUAGCUGUAGAACGAAUAUAAUAAGUGAGUUUGGAAGCAACUCUGUCCAUAAAUAAAUCAAAAACAAAGGUUAUAAUUCAUCACAAAUGUUGAUAAACAAAGUACAAGACAUCAUCAACAAAAAAUGGAAUUACCUUGCAAAGUCAAUCAAGAGGUCACAGAAAUAAGAAGAAUAGGAGACAAAACUAGAAAUUCAUGAGUUAAUAAUUUUACUUUAAUUUUUAAAAUAUUUCUAAAUUAAUUUCAAAAUUAAACAGACACAGUUCUCCCAUUCCCUCAGGCCAAAAAUAUUUGGCUACUAUAUUGUCAUGUAUUGACGUUUAUCUGUGUCAGCCGAAAUGAAUUGUCAAUUUUGAGGUUAAUGCCCCUUAAUGUUAACAACCAUAUUGUCAUCGAGAGAGCGCAGUUGCCAUAAUUGUCUCAAUGUAUACUCCCCAUGUCCAACCGAACAAUUUAUGUACUGUAUAUCAGACAUAAUCUAUAGCAACAGUGCUCAGUGGAUCCCUGGAAAUUAUUCGCUUGGUCAUCUGCCGCUACCUGUUAUGCUAAAUGUUUGAGAUUUAUUUGCACUGCAGAGAAGGAUCACUACUCUGUUAUGUUCUUAACACAAUGUAUUUUUUUCAAAAUGGCAAUAACUAGUGGUAUAUACAAGAAAAAUGCUUUGGCGAUUGAACAAACAUCAGAUAUUUUGAACAAAGUGGAAGGUUAAAGUAUUGUAUCAUUAUCACUAAUAUAUUGUGAAGUUUGCAAGCAUACAGUUAGUUAACAAAGAGUACAACAUUUCAUAUCGGAAGUUUGACUCUUAAAAACAUAUCUGCAAGGAAAUCAGUGAAAGAAUCGACUUUUCAACAACUCGAUGAAGCAGUUUCCAACCAAGUGAUUCCUGCAGAGAAAAGAUCUGAUGGCGUAACAAUCUCUGUGUCAAUGUGUGCUAAGCAAACAAAGAUUUUUCACAAACUCUAGAACGUUUCAAACUGAUUCAUCGUAAAAUGAGAGUCAAUAUGAAGAAAAUGAUGGAUAGUAUCAAUCAAAGAAGCAACUAACCAGGUGAACAGAGAGAGAGAGAGAAAGAGAGAGAAAAGAUUAAACUAUGAGUUAGUUUAAACUAUCCACACACUCUUAAGCUAUUAACAUAAUACGUAAGAGGUGAGAAUGUAUAUAUGUAUUCUUGGUUGUCAAUUCAGACUUAUACUAAACAAGAACUUGACCAAAAAAUUUUAAUAUUUAUUUGUAGGUAGGGCUUGUUUUAUAUAUACUUGACUGGAAUCACUACACAUAGGCUAAGUAAUUAGAAUGAGAGGAGAAGAUUGUGCAAAUAUAGAUAGUAACAAAAUUAUAUCGUUUGUAUCUCUUGAGUUUGUUUUAAAACCAUAUGGUGAUCUUCUUUAGUUCUUUUAGAGUACCUUAGACAUUUUCUUCUAUUUUUUUUAUAUAAUAUACUGCUCUAAUGUUUUUAUGCCUUAAAGAACUGUGGAGUUUUAAGUUUUGAAAGUACUAACCACUUGACAAUCAUGUCAAUAUUGGCUAUCUAUUAACAAUUGAUUUACAGGAACUGGUACUGGUGGGAGAUUAACACUGUACUGGCAUUAAAAAGACUAACUUUUAUGUAAUCUCAGUUAGGUAGAAGGAUUUAAACAUUUUCUUUGUUCUCUUAGAGAGAGGGUUUCUUCUUACUUCUUACAUAGUAAUUUUUUCAGCUAAUCUUCAUUUAUACAUUUCGGUAAAAAUAAUAUUUCAACAUUAGAAUUGUGGUUAAUGAAGAAAUAAAUCAGUUGGUGAAA